AUGAGUUAUCGAGACUUAGGCAACAAAGCGUUUGCUAGUCAGAAUUAUGUAGAAGCUGUGAAACAUUAUACCUCCGCAAUUGAAGUAGAUCCGAUGAAUCCCACGAACUUUUCUAAUCGUUCGUUGUGUUAUUUAAAAUUAGAGAACAAUGCCUCAGCCCUUGCAGAUAGUCAAAUAGUCAUAGACUUAGACCCAACAAACCCUAAAGGAUGGUAUCGACACGCAUUAUCUUCUAUAGCAUUACACGACAUAGAAACUGCGUUAAUUGAUUUAAAGAAGGCGAUGACUCUUUCAAGUGACCCCCAAAUAUGUUCCUUAUACAAUUCGAUAACAACUCCUCUUCCUUCCUCUUCAAAAAAGACUACAAAAAGUCCACACAAAUUGAACCCUCAAAAAGACUUCAUUUUAACCACCAAAAUCACUUACGACGUGUUUUAUCAAAACUGCCUCAUCACCCAAAUCUUCCCAAAAUCACUUCUUUUGGCUAUCUUAUCUCAAGCUCACACUCUUUUACUCAACCGUCCACCUAUCACUCAAAUCUCUUCUCACACUCUUCGCAUCAUCGGAGACACUCACGGCCAAUUCGCAGUCAUUUCUAAAUGCGCCGACGACCUCAAAUCCAAUCCAAAUCUCACUCUUCUCUUCAACGGCGACAUCGUCGACCGCGGCAGUCGUGGCGUCGAGUGUCUCUUUGGGGUUCUUUCUUUAUUCCUCGAGCACCCAACAAGGGUUUACAUUAAUCGCGGAAACCACGAGGAAAAGGACAUGAACAUGGCCUUUGGCUUUUACGUCGAGUGCCUGAAAAAGCUUGACGAGGAGGUCUAUGAGAAGAUUGAAGAGCUCUAUAGAGAUUUUCCUUUAGCGCAUGUCUUACGGGACUCAGUGUUUAUAGUCCAUGGGGGGUUACCUGAGACGUCUUUUAGUAUAAAGACGACGAGUUUGAAGAAGAUGGAGAGGUACGACUCGGACGACAUUGAAAAUCAGUUUCUAUGGGCAGACCCACAAAUCAAAAAUGGGACGUCUAGAUCACCACGAGGAACUGGGUACACCUUUGGCCCUGACAUCCUCACUCGUUUCUUGAUCGAUAACAACUUGAAGUACUUGGUAAGAAGCCAUGAAGUAAAACCAUUUGGUUUCGAGUGGGACACAACAGGGAAGAUGCUCACUAUAUUCUCCGCUCCUAAAUACAACGGACUUACUAAUUUCGGAGCUUAUGCUGAUGUCUGGUUCGAUGCAGAAGAAUCUCAGGAAGUACCUCAUUUCACUGUGACUCAAUUCAGAGACUACGACGAGUUGGAUCGCGGAGACGUGACAUCAGUAUUCUGA